AUGGGAACUAAAAAGAGAAGAAACCAUCUGAUAUCAGCAAAAAAUCUUGACAACAAGAAUCAAAAAGUCAAAACUCGCAAACCCAAAAAACAUAAAAUAACUCUUGCUAAUUAUCGAUAUAAAAUUCUCAAGCAAGUUCAUCCAGAUACUGGUAUUUCAUCGAAAGCCAUGAAUAUUAUGAAUUCAUUCAUUUAUGAUCUUUUCUAUCGACCGACUAAAGAAGCCUCCAACCUAACCAAGUAUAAUAGAAGAUCAACGAUCACAAGUCGAGAAAUACAAACAGCUGUCCGCUUCCUCCUACCUAGCGAAUUAGCAAAGAAUGCUGUUAAUGAAGGGACGAAAGCUGUAAUCAAGUAUACAAGAUCUGCCCAGGACACGGUGAAAGAUGAUGAAAUAACGAUACUAACCAACAAAAUAUAUAACAAUGAUGGGCAAAUAUCGUAA